AUGCUGCGCUCUCUCAUGAAACGCAACAUGUCCCAGAAGCUGAGUGUGCUUCUGUUAGUCUUCGGCUUGGUGUGGGGACUCAUGCUGCUCCGCUAUACCGUGCAGCAACCUCGCCACCAGAGCAGUGCAGAGCUACGAGAGCAAAUCUUGGAGCUCAGUCGGCGAUACGUCAAAGUCCUGACCGAGGAGAGUCAGAAUUCAGCGGGUGGGCCGCAGGGGGCUACCAUGGCGGGUUACGCUGACCUAAAGAGGACAAUCGCGGUGCUGCUGGAUGACAUCCUGGAACGGCUAGUCAAACUCGAGGGCAAAUUUGAGUUGGCCGCCAAUGCAUCCAUCACCAACACAUCCCACGGGGGUAUCCUGGCUUCCACGCCCCCUGCCCUGCAAAGAACCCCCAAACAAGAGAAAGUCGGCGGCGUGAGGUCACGCUUCAUCCAACGAUCCCGCCUCAUGCCUCAGCCGCAUCUAUGA